GCGAGCGGUCACUCUUCAUCACGGCCGCCGCUUCGUGUCACCGCGUACGUGCAGUAUAGUGGCGUAUCGGGCUGCGCGCGCGCUUGCGUCGUCCACACUUGCGUCGUCCUAUUUCGGGUCUUGCUGUGAUUGUAUUGUUUUUAUUGUUAUUAUUCGUUUUUUUAAACUACCUCGUUUUUUCUCCGUUCCGUUCUCGUCUCGCUUCCGGAUAGUGUUCCCGUUACCGCUCACUGUUGAAACCCGUUGAUUAUUCGCUGCACCGCGGUUCUGUGUGUCGACCGCCGUUUCCGUCGUUGUGUGUUGCGCUCGCGAUGUGUUGACGCGCGCGCCCGUCCGUUGUCCCCGGUGAAAUAUGCCUCCAGACGGGUUGGCGUUGCCGUCGGUCAUUUGAAAGGGUCGCCGCCGGAUUCGAGUGGUGCCAGUGUUCGGUUCUUACCUCUACCCGGUCGUGCCCCAUCUGCUAGUCACCACCUUCCCGGAGAUGGAGUCCAUUCGAAAAUGGUUCUACAAGCCAAAAAAAGGAGACCGUUCAUUGUUGGCGCAAUUUUUCUAUGCCGAUGAUGAACUAAAUGCCGUGGCUACGGAACUGGACAGUUUUGAUGGCAAAAAAGACCCUCAGCGAUGUACUGCCCUUGUGAAUCAUUUGAGACAAUGUCAGGACAAAGUUUUAACGAUUUGCAUUAAAAUUAUGGACGAGUUGAUUCCCGGCGAACGUGCCAGUCGUGAUUUUCGUGUAAAAUUUCCAGAUGAUGUAAUUCAGGACAAUUUGGCAGGGCAGUUGUGGUUUGGUGCUGAGUGUUUGUCCGCGGGGUCCAGCAUAAUGAACAGGGAAGCUGAAAGCGGUGCUAUGAGGCCUCUCGCUCGUGCACUAACCAAAUCGUUGGAAAAAGUCCGAGGUCUUUUGCGAGAUGCAAGUCUUUGUAGUGACCAAACACCACCGUGUUUGCGCAACCUAAUAUCGUCGUUGUGCACGUUUGAUCAUUUGUUGGCUGAAUUUGAGCUACGUUAUGUGUCUGCCAUGGUACCCGUCAAGACUGCUCAUGAAUACGAACUCCAACAACUUGUGGUCGUCUUGUUUUCAGAAACCCUCCAAAGGGCACUUGUUAAGGGUCUCUUGACUCAAGAUAUGGUUGACGAUUACGACCCGGCUCUUAUGUUCACUAUUCCUCGAUUGGCAAUCGUUUCUGGUUUAUUGUUUUACCCCUACAUGUCACCAUUGUCCCUCGACCAAAACGCUACUAAUAUGUCUGAUAUGUUCCGUCCAUUUCGAUCAUUGUUAAUGAAAAUUCGAGAGCUCCUUUUGACACUGUCCGAAAAGGAGUUGUCAUCACUAGAAAGAAUGUUGUGCUCAUCUGAUGAGGUGAAGUUUGAUGAGAAAUUGUCAACUAAAAAUAAACAGUUAUGUCAAGAAACGAGUGACGAAGACUCAGAAUGUCUUUCAUCUAGUACUGCCGAACUAGUAAUGGAAAAUAAUGUCACUUCAACCAUAGAACAUUGCAGCACAAAAGGAUUUCCACCAUCAUCCCCUCAAGACUUGAUGAAUAACAAUCCGUCGAUAAAACAUAAAUCCUUUGGAUCAACAAUCAUAUCAAAUACCAACGAUCUUCAAAAUAACGAAUUAAAAAAUCCUGUUUCAUCAAGUACGGCAUCCACUAACGAGUGUUUGGAGUCGAGCUCGGUACCAGAUGCUGACCUUACUGAAUCUUUGGCUACGGCAACAGAAGCUUUAACUGAAAUUCUGGUCAAGUCGAAUGUUGAUCACGAUCAUCGAAAUGGUACGCAGGAUACAAACGGUAAUGAAGCACCACUCCUGAAACAAUAUCCCAACGUGUCCAGUAGUUCUACGCAAACGGAAUGCCCUCCAUCUAGUUCGUAUCACUCGUGUUGUUGCAAAGAGUGGAACUAUUGGAAAUCAGCCGAGGAUAAACAAGAAAGGUGUGGUAGCAACAAUUCCGUCUCCGUCACCACCAUUCAGUGUCAGUCGUCUACAAGCUGCUGUUGUCAUCAUAGGAGGAAAAAGGUCACCACUACCACCACUGGAAGUUGUAGCAGUAGCAGUGAAACGGCACAAGACAAGAUCAACAGUUGCGAGUGUACUGUCUCAAAAUAUUCAAAGAACUGGCGAGAGUUGCGUAAAACUACCAGUAACAAAAGAGCCAACAUUAUAUGUCGUUUUCAGAGCUGCAACAGUAAUAGACAUUCUAAAUCUGUGAUUAAAAAACAUGAUAUGUGUUCAAGCUGUUCUACUAGUUACACGACGUCCUCUGCUGAUGAAAGUGAUGAGAGCAUGACUGAUAGUACAUCGACUGACAGUUCCUGUAAUUAUACCUUACGCCGACAAAAAGCUCGUGCUAAGUUUAGAUCUGAUGAAGAUUUAUUGCAUCGUCUUUUUGUGUGCAUAUCUGGAGUGGCCGAUCAACUGCAGACAAAUUUUGCUGGGGACUUACGAAAUAUACUUAAAGCAGUAUUUCUCAUGUCGAAUUCAAACUAUAGUACAGAUAAUCAACAGAACACCGAUAUGACUAUUCAAAUCACAGAAGUAUUGCCAGUAAUAAACAACGCGGCUUCAGUGAUAAUUGAAAAUGGUGAAGAGGCUCUAGUAUGGAGAAGUGAACCAUUGAUAGGUGAUGUAUUGUCAACAACUAUGGAGACUCCUCCUCCUUGGGUACCUGACAAUGAAGCACCUACGUGUAUGUCUUGUAAAGCUAUAUUCACCGUUGUCCGAAGACGUCAUCAUUGUCGAAAUUGUGGCAAAGUUUUUUGUUCUCGGUGCAGUUCCAACUCUGUUCCACUACCAAGGUUUGGACAUCUAAAGCCAGUACGUGUUUGUAACCGUUGUUUCAUUUACCAAGUUACCCCAUUCACAUUGGAGCCUUCAAUUGGACCGGUUCCAAUCGUUAUGCAAUCUUAGUAUAUUUUAUGAAGUUUGUAUCUCCUUCCAAUUAUUUUCUUUCCUAUGCAUUCCAAAGCUAUGAAGAAACAUCUUUAUUUUUUGUGUUACCAUUUUAUCCUAAUUGACUUUAUUAGUUUCUUCCAUUUAAUCUUUUGCUUUAUAAAUUUUCCCCAUUUAUAAAUAUUCUGUUCCUAAGAGUAAUUAUAAUAUUAGUAUUCAAAAAGAGAACAUUUUCAUUCAACCAUUCAAUGAUUUAAUUUUAA